AUGGUGCCACCAGAAAUUUCUGCAAAACUAGAAAGGUUGAGCAUUGAAUUUUAUCUUCAUGGAGAAGUUGGUUUGUUAUAUGCUUGUAUGGUUGAAGCAACUAUGACUUCUCGAAUUAAAGAAUCACAAGGUGAAGAUGGUGAAUUAUGGGCGGUUGUGCAAAAGUUUAAAUAUGAUCCAAAAUCUGAAUUUCAGGUUGACAAUGAUGUUAUUAUUUGGUUUCGAGAUCGACUUUGUGUACCUAAUGUUGCUGAUCUCAAAAAUGCAGUCAUGAACGAGGCCCACAACUCACCUUCCUUAAUUCAUCCUAGCUCUACCAAGAUGUAUAAAGACUUGAAACAAUACUUUUGGUGGAACGGAAUGAAACGAGAUAUAGCCAAAUAUGUAGCUAGUUGUUUAACCUGUCAACAAGUUAAAAUUGAACAUCAGCGGGUCAGUGGUUUACUACAACCAUUGGAAAUCCCUGUCUGGAAGUGGGAACACAUUUCCAUGGAUUUCGUAACUGGGCUACCAAAAACGCCAAGGCGUCACAACGCGAUUUGGGUUAUAGUUGAUCAACUGACAAAAUYUGUUCACUUUCUCCMAAUCCAGGAAACGUUUUCAGUCAGUAAACUUACUGAAAUUUUCCAACGAGAAAUCGUGAGAUUACACGAACCGGAAGCAAUUAUUGAUCGAGAGGAAAGAGUGAUGCGACAAAAAACUGUCCCGUUGUCAAAGUGUUAUGGCGAAAUCAUUCAGAACGAGAAACUACAUGGAAAACUGAAGAUUCGAUGCGCAAAGAAUAUCCACAGGUAUUUUCAGUCAGAUUAUCAUGUUUUCCUUAAUGCUUCUCCGUUACGGGCUACACAUCGUUUUGGAGUUAAAGGAAAGCUCAACCCACGUUAUAUUAGCACCUUUGAAGUUCUAGAACGAGUUGGUGAAGUAGCGUAUUGCCUCGCGUUACCUCCCCAGUUGGCUCAUAUUCAUAAUGUUUUUCAUGUGUCGGCGCUCUAUGGUUACCGAUAUCAUCCGCUGCAUAUCAUUGAUUAUCCACUUGACAAGAUUGAACCAGCUUUAUCUUAUGAGGAUGAACCUGAAGCUGUUAUCGGACGUGAAGAAAGAAAAAUGUGUCAUCAAUCAAUUCCAUUCAUUAAAGUCUUAUGGCGAAAUCAUUCUGAAAGUGAAGCGAUAUGGGAGAUGGAGGAAUCAAUGAAAAAGCAAUUCCCGCAACUCUUUGAAGGUACAUAA